AUGGAAAGAAUCGAACUUCCAGGGGAUGUGAUACUUGGAGGACUUUUCCCCGUUCAUGAGAACGGUAACCAUGGCUGCGGCCAGUUUGAUUUAGGUGGCUAUCAGAGGCUUGAAGCCAUGGUGUAUGCCCUAAAGAGGAUCAACAACGACCGACACUUGCUUCCUGGAAUAGAUGUCGGUGCUGUCAUACUUGAUACUUGCAGUAGGGAUACCUAUGCUUUGGAACAGGCUAUGGAAUUUGUUUCGUCUACAACGAACAGGAUUGAUCUGGACUCCUUUACCUGCCCGAACGGGAGCACUCCCCAUUACGUGGCGCCUCAACCUACCGUUGCCGUUGUUGGAGCAGCGGCCAGUCCGGUCUCGAGUAUGGUUGCAAAUAUACUGCGACUUUUUAAGGAAGGGAGUAGCUACGAAUCAAAGGUGAAGGUUAACGAGACAUUUCAGAAACCAAGGGCACGACGGUAG